AUGGGUGCAAUCUUCCUGAGCGUGAAGAAGUGGCUGUUGCGCAAGAAGCACCAGAUCGAGCUGGCGCGCAAGCGCGGCUGGAAGGGCUACUGGGUGUGCCUCAAGGGCACCACGCUGCUCUUCUACCCGUGCGACAGCCGCGAGGGCCGCUCCGUCGAGGCGGCGCCCAAGCACCUCAUCAUCGUGGACGGCGCCAUCAUGCAGCCCAUCCCGGAGCACCCCAAGCGCGACUACAUCUUCUGCCUCAGCACCGCGUUCGGCGACGCCUACCUGUUCCAGGCUCCUUACCGCCUGCACGCAUGGGAAAAUGUGGUACAGUAUAACUAUGAAGUGCGCGACGUGAGUCGGCCACCUGGUAAAAUUACCUCUUUGAUAUUCCCAGGCGAACGUCCUCAUGUGUGCACUGUGUGCGGAAAAGGAUUUAGCACGUCGUCUUCCCUUAACACUCACAGCAGGAUACACUCGGGUGAAAAACCACAUCAAUGCCAGUACUGUGGAAAGAGAUUUACAGCUUCGUCCAACCUAUACUACCAUCGGAUGACCCACAGCAAGGAUAAACCACACAAAUGUUGCAAGUGUCCGAAGUCCUUCCCUACACCUGGUGAUCUACGUGCACAUUCUUAUAUCCACACUGGAGAAUGGCCUUACCGAUGUGCUGUGUGUGGGAGAGGGUUUUGUAAGCAGGCCAACCUCCGGAAUCACCAGCAACUCCAUUCGCUCUGAUUUAACUUCAUUGGAUAUUUUUGUGGAUGUGGCGGC